UGCUCGGAGCCAGGCCCAGAUCAACACAACCGCCUCAAUUUCCUCUCUCUCGACCCUCUGAGCACCAUGUUCUCUCGGACCACGCUCGCACGGGCAUUGGCCCUUCCCAUCGAGCACUCCUCCGCCCGCUCCGCCAGCACCACCUUCCGGGCCUGCCUUCACCAAGCUACCUCUACUACUACCACAACAACAUCGCAACCAGAAGCGCCCUUAAGCGCAACUCCCCGCGCCCAAACCUCCAUCCCCAUCCAACAGCCUCGCUUCCUGACCUCCUCCAAUUCCAUCCCUCAGACCCGCGCCGAUGUGCCCCUCAACAAACAGCCCGUGGCCCCGACCUUCGACGCCCCAUUGAAAGUGUCCCAAUCCCUCCUCGAACUUCUGCCCAACCUCACCUCGCAAAAGCCGCACUUCAUCACGGCCCACCUCCACGACAGACCCUACCUGCUCACCGCGGGCGAUCAGCUCCGUCUGCCCUUCCUGAUGCCCAAGGUCAAAUCCGGCGAUAUCCUCCGCUUUAACCGGGCAUCGGUGCUCGGUUCUCGCGAUUUCACCCUCAAGGGAGGAGCACAGUACCUCGAUGAGCGGCUGUUCGAGUGCCGUGUCCGUGUUAUGGGCUUCGAGUCCGAGCCCCUGCGCAUCACCGAGAAGACGAAGCGGAGACGACGCCAUGUGCAGAAGGUUACUAGCAAGCACCGCUACACGAUUCUACGGGUCAUGGAUGUCAAGGUGAAGACUGCGGAGGAGUUGCUCGAGGAGGGUGCUGUUGUUGUUGAGAGUGCGGAUUCGGCUGCCAACGUUGAACUCAAGGCAUGAAUGAGCGGGAAGUGUUCGUGAAGUAGACUGUUAUGGAAAGCGGGAGAUUCGGUAAAAAUGAUCGACACAUGGGCUGAGCCACACCCUUCGGGCCAAUGUUAGAGUUAGAGGCGUGGGACAGCUUAUGAUGGGUUUUAUGCUGUGUUAUAUCCAUUGUUUGGAACCGCGGAGAGCGGUGGACCAUGUACAGAUAGGACGAUUUCUGUUUUUUUUGCACGUUGAGGAGUGCAAUUGUAUUUUAUUCUAUAAUUGGGUUUCGAAUGUUCGCUUGUUCCUUGCAGC